AUGAGCGAGACGACGCCACUCGCGGGUGGACAACGCUUGGCCAGUCAGCCGCCGCCACCCACAAGAUCCUCACACGGUUUGCUGUCCACCUCGAGUCGUCGUUUUUUGAUCCGCUACGGCGUCUCGUGUCUCCUGUUCGUCGCUGUAGGAAAUCUCAUGGUAUCGCUUCACCGCUCACUGCAGACGGAAAAUCGCCUUUGUACGGACGGAACAAUGGCUGAUACCACUCUAGUCGAAGACUCGAUCGACUCAAGAGCAGUGAACGCGUCGAGCGAGCACUUUACGGGCUCUUCCGACGAGGUCUUGACGCUUGUUGGCAAACCCAGCACGUACACGGGACGGCUGUUCUCGGGCUAUUUGCCACUGGAAAAUGGAGGCCAAGCCUUUUACUUUCUGGCCGAGUCGCAGAGUGCCACGUCUCGGACGGACCCAGUGCUGUUGUGGCUCAACGGGGGACCAGGGGCGAGCUCGCUCCUUGGCUGCUUCUCGGAGAACGGGCCGCUGCUGGUCAAUGAAGAUGGGAAAACUCUCCGAGUGAACAACUUUGCGUGGAACGAGCGAGCCAAUCUGUUGUGUGUAGAGUCUCCAGUGGGCGUCGGAUUUAGCUACAACAUCAGCGGAGUGUACGAAGCUGACGAUCUCUCUCAAGCGCAAGACCUAUACGACGCAUUGCACAAGUUCUUUGGAAAAUUUCCUUGGCUCCAAGAAAAUGACUUCGUCAUCGCUGGGGAAAGCUAUGGCGGGGUCUAUGUGCCGACGACGGCGUUGGCCAUUCUAAAAGGGAACACAGCAGCUACACAAUCAUCGGAACGUAUUAAUUUGAAAAAGUAUGCGGUGGGCAACGGGGUGAAUGAGUACUCGGGAUUGGCGACCACCAUGUUCGCAUACUAUCAUGGGCUUCUCAGCACGGAAAAGUACCGGAACAUCCGAUCAGUCUGCUCGAACCUCCAUGAAUACGAAAAGAGCGCUCUAGUACCAGGUAUUGGUCGUGCUAGCCCGGAUUGCACAGCUGCUUUAGCGGACGUGAUCACGACACUCGUUCAUGACCGCAUCAACAUCUACGACGUAUUCGGAUCGUGCGCUGGCUCAGUCGAGGAGGAUAUCCAGCGUCUCGUGAAUCGAACCUCAAUCCCGCCGACUCCAGGUAAACUUCCGCACCCAGUUGGCAACACGAUCGAGAUGUGUCUUGAUACAAAGCACAUUGAAGCGUACUUCAACUUGGUCGAGGUCCGUGAUGCACUGCACGCUGACCCAGCACUCGCGUAUUGGAGUGGCAACGCACUUACUACUGCCUCACUGGAUCUGUUCAGCGUGGUUUUCGGCCUUGAUCGUUCGUUGUUUCAGCAUUCUCUGACGUUGAAGUACACACUUUCAUUCAACUUUGAAGUCACGAAGUUGUGGCGCCAACUACUUGACGCUGGACUGGAGGGUGUGAUCUAUCACGGUGACGCAGAUUUAAUGUGCAAUGCUAUGGGUGGGCUCUGGGCAGUGGAAUCGCUGGGUCUGCCCCGCCUGGCUCCUCGCUCGGCUUGGACUUAUGCGGAGAAGGACACAAACCAAACGGGUGGCUUUGUGGAGCUGUUCGAGGGGAUCAAGUAUGUUACCGUGAAGGGAGCAGGGCACCUCGUACCUGCAAGUAAACCUGCGGAGGCGAAGCAGAUGCUCGAUUUGUUUAUCCUGAACGACUUGGUGGUGUAG